AUGGCCGACCCUUGCCAUCGACAACCGACCAUGCCGCCUAUUGCAUCCCCGGUCCCUCUCAAACCUCAACUGCUUUCACCGCUCCUCCUCUCUUCCUCAGCCAGCACCUCGCCCCCAUCCACAGCCACCUCCGCCUCCAUAUCGUCUUCAUCUUCCCCAGACUACUAUGACUCGCCCCCAUCUCCACCCCUUUCGCUUGAGGACCAGGUCCAUGUCGCAUACGCACACGACGAUAUUCACACCGCCAAGAUUCUCUUGCUGAGGCUCAAGGGCAUCGAGGUUACCGACGACAACGACCCACGUAUCGCCGAGGUCCAAGACGAAGAUUUUGACUUUUGCUUUGCUCCCAACGGAGGUCUCAUCAUGGACGCGCAGGACGAGAAGGCGAUCCAGGAACGCCAGCGAAUCGAGUUGGAGCGGAUGGCUGAGCGAAGACGGCAGGAACACCUUCGUAUGUGCGAGAUGAAGUGGGAGCGAGAGAAGCGGCGGUUGCGGGAGGAGCGGAAGGAAGUUCUGAGACGUAAAGAGAUGAAGCGCCAGGAAGAGGAGCAACGCCGCAGACGACGAGCAGAGCAAGAGCGCGCGCGGCUGGCAGAAGAGGAAGAACGACGAAGGUACCGAGAGGAGGAUAUCUUCCGACGGAGAACACGGUCGCGUUCCGCGCGGAGAGUCGUCAAUUACCACUUGCCGUCGUCGUCCUCGCCGCCGAACUAUGGAUGGAGUGACGACGAUGAGUGCGAUGGAUCAGGAUCGUCGUCGUUUGUAUAUGACUUUAUGACCCUCCCAUCCAGGAAGCAACCCUCUACGAGCUCCAAUGACGACAACCUCCCUCUGCGAAGUCGCUCUUACAACGACAUGCCCUCCACCUCUCGGUAUCCCUCUCACCACCGCGAUUGCACCUCCUUGGAUUUCGAUGAUUCCCAGUCAAUACCAUUCACCGACGUCCUGAAGUCAAUGCACGGGCAACUCUUCCCAGUCACCAACGAGGAGCGCAGGGCAAGAGCGAGGCGCAAGGCCAGUCCAUCACCAUCGACGUCUCGGCCUCGAACCCACAGUCAGAUCAGGAGAAUGCGGGAGGACGAGCUGAUCCAAAUUCUUUUGGACGGCAAGGAAGACACAGCCUUCUCCAACAAGGGCAAGGCCAAAGCCAUUCCGAGGCCAAGGCGCCAGUCUUCUUCCGCAGAGAGCUGCACGGCCUGCAAGCGAUCACCUUCAUUGUCGUCGAUCGAUAGCCUAUCUCCAACCCCGACCUCUCCGAGUUCGGCUGGCAGCAGGCUUUCAUGGUUAACGUUCCGGAGCUCGAGUUCGUUUACUUCGUCGGCCUCAUCUCUGGCCACCACCCCUCCGACGUCCCCGCGCUCCAGUGGCUGGUUCAGCUUGGUCGAUAAGCCUCGAAGUCGUCGAGCAUCAUGGGUCAGCACCACUUCGUCGCCAAUAGAGGAAUACGAACCUUGUAGAUGCAGUCAGAAGGCUUUGAUAUCCAUCGAUAUAUCCGAGAGCCCUCUCACCCUUCCUGUCGCUGCUUCCGCAUCUCCCGCCUGCUCGCCCCACAUCACCACCGUUCACCACCGGCGCCGACAAACAGUCAGCACGUCACUUUCAGGUGCUGGAGCCGCCAAAGACCUGGUACAGGCUAUAUCGUCAACUGUUUCCAGCAGUGUAUUUACCCUCCUGGAGCUGGUACAUGGGUUCCAGCAGGCCUGUGUGACGGCCGCGAAGUUCAGUGUUGCGCAUAGUGUCGACGGGGCACAGUGGGAAGAACGGAAAUUUGUGUUUGAGGAGAAAGAGGGGUGUGUGAGAGUUGUGGAGGGAUAUGGAGAGAGGCGAGGUGUAGUGUCUAAGCCCAGUUCUCGCUGUAUGAAGCCUCACGGAUACCGCGUGUCGGCCAAGGACGUGGCAGCCUUCCUGGCGGUUGAUGGUGAAGGAGAAAAGGGUGAGCCUGUUCUGAGUUCGUCGCCGUCUCAAGAUGUCGAAGCUCCCGCUGUCGCCACGAGGACGCAAUCGGGGUCGCCGUUUGUUGAUAUUCCCCUGUCGUCGCCGUACGGCAUCCAGGCCGCACCUGAACCGCCUCGCCACACCGUCCUCCCCAAUCCGCUACCGUACAAGCUUUACUUCAAGCCUAUUCCUCCGCCAACUCGCAGCCCCUUCCGAUUCAACGCGUUUUCGCAUUUGCACACCACCUAUCCCGAUCGACGGUCACAUUCGGAAGGCGCUGCGGGAGGGGCGGGUGAAUAUUGGUCCAAUCCUGACGGUGAUGUCCAGCUGCCGGCCUGGCGCAUCCGGAGCGUUGGGAACCCUGUUCAUCUUCGAUUGAUGGCUUUGCAGAACGUCGUUUGGCAGAAGGGUUUAAUUUGGGAAGGUAGAGGUCGCGAGAUGGGUCUCGGAGGAGGCAGAGAUCGCGUAGUUGGUGUCGCCUAUGAAGGCGUUGGAUGCAGCCGUCUCGGUCGACGAGUGGCUUAG